CCCUGGGUCUGCCGCUCUAGGCAGCGGGAAGGUUGCGCGGGGUUGCGACUCUAAGCGUGAGAGCGGCCUCUCCUCUAUGGUCGCUUGAGUAGCGUACUGUCCGCCCGUCGGCCUAGAUUGCUUCCGGAAGCUAAACCUGUUGCUUUUCCUCUGCUUCCGCGGGGGUCCUGGCGGGUAGUGGUGACCGAGUGGGUCCCGGGACUGGUGCUGAGACUUUAUGAUGUAUUACAGAAGUGUCCUGAGUCUGAAAGGUUCUAUGUGUGUGAAUCCCAGAAUUUGCUGAGAGAUGGAGGAGCCUCAGAAAAAUGACCUGAACAUGACAGGGCAGGAGGAAGAUAAUCCUGUCAGAAGCACCAGUCCUCAGAUUUCUGUUAGUGAAUUUUCCUGCCACUGCUGCUACGACAUCCUGGUUAACCCCACUACCUUGAACUGUGGCCACAGCUUCUGCCGGCACUGCCUAGCAUUAUGGUGGAUGUCUUCAAAGAAGACAGAGUGUCCAGAAUGCAGAGAAAAAUGGGAAGGUUUCCCCAAAGUCAACAUUCUCCUCAGGGAUGCCAUUGAAAAGUUAUUUCCUGAUGCCAUUAGAAUUCGGGUUGAAGACAUUCAGCAGAAUAAUGACAUAGUGCAAAGUCUUGCAGCCUUUCAAAAAUAUGGGAAUGAUCAGAGUCCCUUAGCUCCCAGCACAGGGCGAAUGAAUCAGCAGAGAGGAGGGGGAUUCUUCUCCGGUGUACUCACAACUUUAACUGGUGUGGCAGUCAUCCUACUUGUGUAUCACUGGCGCAGCAGAGAAUCUGAGCAUGGCCUCCUGGUGCACAAGGCUGUAGCCAAAUGGACAGCAGAAGAAGUUGUCCUCUGGUUAGAACAGCUGGGCCCUUGGGCCUCUCUGUACAAAGACAGAUUCUUAUCUGAAAGAGUAAAUGGAAGGUUGCUUUUAACACUGACAGAAGAAGAAUUUUCCAGGGCACCAUACACCAUAGAAAACAGUAGCCACAGAAGAGUCAUUCUCAUGGAGCUGGAGCGUGUGAGAGCCCUGGGGGUAAAGCCGCCACAGAAUCUUUGGGAGUACAAGGCUGUCAACCCAGGCAGGUCCCUGUUCUUGCUAUAUGCCCUCAAGAGCUCACCAAGACUUGGCUUGCUAUACCUGUACUUAUUUGACUACACAGACUCCUUCCUACCCUUCAUCCAUACCAUCUGCCCUCUGCAAGAAGACAGCUCUGGGGAGGACAUCCUCACAAAGAUUCUGGACCUGAGGGAGCCCACAUGGAGGCAGUGGAGAGAAUUCCUUGUCAAGUACUCCUUUCUCCCAUACCAGUUGAUUGCGGAGUUUGCCUGGGACUGGCUGGAGAUCCACUACUGGACAUCACGCUUCCUUAUUGUCAAUGCCAUGCUGCUGUCUGUUCUAGAGUUGUUCUCCUUUUGGAGGAUCUGGUCAAGAAGUGAGCUGAAUGUCUUCUGUCCUGCUCAAACUGACCUUUCAGCCUCAGCCUCCUCAGCAGAGCACUGCAGAGUGAUUAUGGAGGUCAGAAGACAACUUGAAGGAAUCAGUUUUCUCCUGUUGCCAUGUGGGUCCUAGGGAUUAAACUCAGACUGUCAGACUUGGAGCACCCCCUUCCCUUUUCUCUCUCUCUCUCUCCCCAUCAUGCCCUGUUCCCCCACUCCCUCCAUGUAAUAAACCUCUUUCAUAGAAAAGAAGAAGAGGAGGAGGAGGAGGAAGAAGAAGAAGAAGCAGCUUGAGGGACACAUAUUUCUGAUCCAGAACCUAGGGAGAAAAGACAGGCAGAACAAUGGAUCAAGGCCAGUCUGGGCUAUGUCUUAGAAGGCAACAAAAAAUCCAGACAGUGGUGGCACACAAGGUGGUUCACUCCUUUGAUCCCAGCACUUGGGAGGCAGAGGCAGGUGGAUCUUUAUGAGUUUAAGGACAGCCUGGUCUACGUAAUGGGUUCCAGGACAGCCAAGGCUACACAGAGAAAUUUUGUCUUGAAAAAACAAAGAAGAAAAAAACAAAAACCAAAUUUCAAAAAGAACAAAGAAACAAGAAAGGAAGAAAGAAACAAAGAACACCAAAAAUACAAGUAUUGGCAAGGCUGAACUCCUUCCUCUGCGUAUUUUGAACUCCUGUUUGAGUGAGUUAACAGCAGGAGGUCAGAGUCACUGGAGUCGGUUCUUUCCUCCUGCUAUGUGGGUCCUGGGGCUCACGUUCAGGUCAUCAGGCCUGGCAGCAAGCAGCUUGGCACAGUAAGCCAUCUUGCCUGCCCACUUUAAAAUGAUGAAACAGCAAGGCCUGGGGGUACAUAAGAGAGUUUGGAGGGAGCAAAGGGAAGGGAAAUAUGAUGCAAAAAAUAAAAAUUAUAAGUUCAAAAAACAGAAAUGGAAGCUGCAGAGUUGGCUCAGCAGUUAAGAACACUGAUUGCUCUUCCAAAGAACCAGGGUUCAAUUCCCAGCACCCAGCCUGGGAGGCAAAACACCAAUGCACAUAAAAUAAAAAUAAAUAAUUUUUUUUAAACACAAAGUUUCUCUGUGUAACAGAAUCCUGAAUGUCCUGGACUGACUCUGUAGAGCAGGCUGGUCUCCAGUUCACAAAGAUCCUUCUGGCUCUGCCUCCUGGGUGCUAGGAUUAAAGGCAUGUGCCACAUGCCAGCAAAAAGAUAGAAAUCUUCAAAACUAAAACAAUUUUAAAAAUUUAAAUGAUAACUUUUUUACAGUGUGAUGAUGGGACCCGGGGCAUUCUAGGCAAGAACUCUACCAAUGUGCUACCUGCAUGCCUAGUCCAGCUAAAGCAAAUUUGGGGCUAGAGAGACGGUUUACUGGUUAGGGUACCGUCUGUUCAUGGUUUCUGGGCUGGCACUGGAGCCGCUCCAGCCACAGGGAAGUCUGACGAAAGCACUGCACUCAGAUGCGCAUGCCCACAGACAGGCACACCUGUA